UGCACCGGGAGACGACAAACAUUGGAGACACUGCAUCAUGAAUACUCUGUCUCAAGCCAAUGGCACCUUUGCCAUCCAUCUUUUGAAGAUGCUCUGUCAAGGCGACCCUUCAGAAAAUGUGUGUUUUUCUCCUAUGAACAUCUCCUCUGCCCUAGCUAUGGUUCUCUUGGGUGCAAAGGGAGACACUGCAGUCCAGAUAUGUCAGGCACUUCAUUUAAACCCAGAUGAAGAUAUCCAUCAGGGCUUCCAGUUGCUUCUCCAUNACCUGAACGAGCAAAAAAACAAAAAGUACUGCCUUAGAAUGGCCAACAGGCUCUUUGCAGAAAGUACUUGUGAAUUACUUCCAACCUUUAAGGAGUCCUGUCUUAAAUUCUAUCACUCUGAGAUGGAGCAGCUCUCUUUUGCCAAAGCUGCAGAGGAGUCCAGGCAACACAUAAACAUGUGGGUCUCCAAACAGACUAACGGUAAAAUCCCAGACUUACUGUCAAAAGACUCAGUUGACUCAGAGACCAGGCUGAUUCUCGCCAAUGCCUUAUAUUUCCAAGGAACAUGGAAAAAAUUCUUUGAAAAAAAUAGCACCAAGGAAAGGCCCUUUAAGAUAAACAAGACGGAAAGAAAGCCAGUGCAGAUGAUGUUGCAGGAAGACACAUUUUCCCAUGCCUAUGUGAAGGAAAUCCAGGCACAAGUGCUGGUGAUGCCCUAUGAGGGCAUAGAUUUGAGUUUUGUGGUCCUACUCCCAGAUGAGGGUGUGGACAUCAGUAAGGUGGAAAACAUUCUCACUUUUGAGAAGCUAACAGCCUGGACCAAAACAGACUUUGUGAAUGCCACUAAGCUUUAUGUUUAUCUUCCAAAAUUUCAACUACAAGAAAAUUAUGAUAUGAAUUCCCUGUUAAAGCAUUUGGGAAUUUUGGAUGUCUUCCAUGGAAGCAAGGCUGACUUAUCAGGAAUGUCUACUAAGGAAGACCUGUGUCUGUCCAAGUUUGUUCACAAGUGUGUGGUAGAGGUCAAUGAAGUAGGAACAGAGGCCGCUGCAGCCUCGGCUCUAAAAGCUGUAUUUUUAAGUUUGUCAUCUUCCUAUCCCAAAACAUUCUGUGCUGACCACCCCUUCCUUUUCUUCAUCAUGCACAACAAAACUAACAGCAUCCUGUUCUGUGGCAGGUUCUCAUCUCCAUAAAGCAUAUUUAAUAUGUGGGGAGAGUUCUCUCUUGGCAUCUCCAUCACC